UUUGUCAUCAUGUCUGUAUCUUAGUUUUCUCCAAACAAGUUUUGUAUAGCUAUUUCUUCUUCUAUGGAGAAGAAGCUGAUUCCGUUGUUCUUUGUGGUGAUUCUGUUCAUAAAUCUAACAAAAGCCACCGUUAGGGUCCAGAUUUAUCCUAGAGGAUCUGCAAAAGAUUAUAUCCUAGGGUUUCGAGAUAGAUCAGCUUUAUACCGUUCUGGUUCUGUCACCGAGGGGGAUGAUCGGUGGUUACAAGUGGCUUCUGAUAUGAUUGAUAAAAACAAGUGUGACUAUGUGGCUUUACUCUUCUAUGCAUCUUGGUGUCCUUUCUCCAGAUUACUUAGACCAAGCUUUGAUCUCAUCUCUUUGCUGUAUUCAUCGAUUCCUCACUUUGCAGUUGAGGAAUCAUCAGUUAAAUCAAGUACCCUUUCGAAAUAUGGAGUUCAUGGGUUUCCUACUAUCAUCCUUAUGAAUUCAACAAUGCUUGUAGCUUACCGGGGAUCCCGAACACUAGAUUCUCUUGUUACCUUCUACAGUGAUGUUACUGGAAUUGAAAAGCUGGAUGAAACAUGGGUUGAGAAAAACAUGUUAGUUCCUCAGUUUCACACGGAGCCUGAGAAUUGCCCUUUCCCAUGGGCAAGGAGAUCACCCGAGAAUCUGCUUCGUCAAGAGACAUAUCUGACUCUUGCCACAGUGUUCGUCUUGUUAAGAUUGCUACACUUGAUAUCACCCACAAUGGUUAUGUUAGCCAAAUUCACUUGGGGACGGGUUGCUAAGAACAUGAGACCGCAAAACCUCUUAGAGCAUACAGCUGCCGUGUAUCUCAAAGAACCUUGCAUGAGUAGCAAUUUGCAGGAAGGAGCUAUGAAUGCUAGAGCAUGGGCUUCCAAGUCAUUAGCCUCUGUCUCAAUCGGGGAACCAAGCUCCUCAAACAGAAAUGUUUCAGCUUCACAGUGACUUUAUUGUAUAGCCUUUUUCAAGGAUUUAACCUUCUUGUGUAAUAAGACACAACAGUUCCUCUGGACAAUGAGGGGAUUAGAUUCAUAGCUUACCAUUUUGUAGCUAAGAGUAAAAUGCUAUCAGAUUACAACA